AUGGCCUCGGCAAGUGCAAGGCUUCAGGUGGCUCCUGGAGCUGAUCCUGCAGCCUCGAGCAAUGCGCCUUCCAGCCAGUCUGAGCGCAUUCAGGAUGCAGCAGCGCCUGCCGAGCCCAAAGCAGGAGCAACACAGCGGCUUGCCACUGUAGCUGAGCCAUCUAUCGUGAGCGAGUCCGACUCAAACCAGCCUGAGGCAGAGCCAGGCGACAGCUUUGCCCCGAAUACUCCACAGGACAGCGCGGGCGAGGACGACUCCCGCCUGGUAGGCCAGCUCUUGCGCGGUGUGGAGGUACCUGGCCCCAAGGCCAAGGCGGCCAGCGCUGGCGAAGGGGCGCACACCACGGGCGCUAUGGGCACCGCGGGCGCCAUUGGCGCCGUCGGCGCAGGCGCGGCGGGCACGCCCUCGCAGCUGCCUGGCCCAGAGCAAACUGCAGAGAUGGACAGGAGCAAUGAUGAGAGGACCAUCGCAGACAUCCAUGCUGCAGAAGUUCGUGCUAGCCCAGACGCAAGCCCAGACGCGGGCAGGUCCUCCGCACAGGCCAGCGGGGUGCACGCGGAGCCCGAGCAGAAGAAGAAAAUGGACUUCCUUUUCGCAACUGCCGAGGCCCAGGAAGCCAAGGAAGCCGAGACGGCCAAAAAAGCGGAAGAGUCCGCAGAGAAGGUGCCUCCCUUUGCAGCGCCCUCCGCCGCCAUGCGGGCGCGACUCGCGCAGUUUGGGAAGGCAGAAUCCACUGCGGCAGCCAGCACUCAGGUAGAGUCCAGCAAGAAGGCCGCCAAGGAGUCAGAGCCGCUGAAGGACGCAGACCUGGCACCGGAUCCGCAGUCCUCGAUCGAGGGCACCUGGACGAGCUCGGGCAGCCAGCUGCAAAGUGCAGCGCAGAGCUCUGGAGCAGCCCCCUUGGCCCACGAGUUGAGCCUGCCUCCUCUGGGCAAAGCGGAUGUGGGCAAGGAGGUUCCAAGCUCUGGCGCCGAGCAGUACCUGCUAGGGGAGGAAUCUCCCGCUGCAAGUUCGCCAUCCUCGGAUCGCAAGCGGCGGGUGCGUUUCCAGGAGGUCCCGGAGACGGCACCGGCAGCAGAAGCCCCGGUUGCUCCAGCUCGAACUCCGUCAGACUUGGACGCGGAGAGCAUGAUGUGGCUGGGGUGCCUGGAGUCGGCACCGGCAGCUGAAGCACCGGCGGCACCGACAGCAGAAGCACCGGCAGCAGAGGCAACUCCUGCAACUCCGUCAGACUUGGAUGCAGAGGGCACGCAGGGGUAUCCGAAGUCGGAACGACUACCUGUCGCAGUGCCAGAGGCACUGGCAAGGCCGGUGGCAGAAGAAGUACCGGCAGCAGAAGCACAGGCAGCAGAGGCACUGCCAGCACAAGAGCUGGCAGCAGAAGCGCCGACGGCAGAAUCACCGGCGGCAGAAGCACCGGCGGCAGAAGCACCGGCAGCGGAAGCAGCUGCUGUGCCAGCCGAUGAGUCCAGGGACGGCGAGGAGGAUGCGAGUCAUCAUGAUUCUGAAUCGUACGAGGGGUCGGAGCAGUCCGAUCAUUCUGAUGAUCAUUCCGAGCAUUCUGACCAUUCUGAUGAAUCCGAGCAGUCCGAUCAUGAUUCUGAGUAUUCCGAGCACUCCGAGCACUCCGAACACUCCGAACACUCUGAACACUCAGAGCUUUCAGAGGCAAGCGAGACUGCAGAGGAGGAUCCCGGUGAGGAUCUUGGUGAGGAUCUGGGGCCUCAGAAGCCCAAGGCAGAGCCAGCCAUGGCCUCGGCAAGUGCAAGGCUUCAGGUGGCUCCUGGAGCUGAUCCUGCAGCCUCAAGCAAUGCGCCUUCCAGCCAGUCUGAGCGCAUUCAGGAUGCAGCAGCGCCUGCCGAGCCCAAAGCAGGAGCAACACAGCGGCUUGCCACUGUAGCUGAACCAUCUAUCGUGAGCGAGUCCGACUCGAACCAGCCUGAGGCAGAGCCAGGCGACAGCUUUGCCCCGAAUUCUCCACAGGACAGCGAGGGCGAGGACGACUCCCGCCUGGUAGGCCAGCUCUUGCUCGGCGUGGAGGUGCCUGGCCCGAAGGCCAAGGCGGCCGGCGCUGGCGCCGGGGCCCAAACCUCUGCGGCCAGCACCAUGGGCGCUAUGGGCACCGCGGGCGCCAUUGGCAGCGUCGGCGCAGGCGCAGCGAGCACCCAGGUGACGGAGCUGGAGCAGCGCGCCCCAGCGGCCGGCAAAGCGGCAGAGCAACCGCCCACGCAGCCCAUCAGCCGUUGCAUGAGCGUCGCGGACUCUGAGCAGCCAGAGCCGGAGAUUGGGGAGCAGAGCGACAUCUCCGCCAGUGCGGGUUUGGCCAACGUUCCGAAGAAGGACACGGAGCCGGAUCUGAAGCCGCGGGCAUCGAUCCAGGGCACCUGGACAAGCUCGGGCAGCCAGCUGGAAAGUGCCGCGCAGGGAGCAGCUCCCUGGGCCGCACAACCCGUGGCGAAGGCGUCGGCUGGCAUUGCGAGCGACAAGGAGAAGGAGAGCCCCAGUGCUCAGCGGAGCGUUGCAAAGUCGGACAGGACCGAGCUGCCCGACCCAGAGCGGGCUGCAGAGAUUCAUGCUGCAGAAGUUCGUGCUAGUCCAGAUGUAAGCGCUGCGGUGAAGUCCUCGUCGCAGGCCAGCGGAGCACAUGCGGAGCCCGUUGAGCAGCAGAAGAAAAUGGACUUCCUUUUCGCAGGAACUAUUGAGGCCCAGGAUGCCAAGGAAGACGAGAAAGCGGAAGAGUCCAAGGAGAAGGUGCCUGCCUUCGCAGCGCCCUCCGCCGCCAUGCGGGCAGGCACCAAGCAGGGGCCAUUGGAAGACUUGGGCGUCGUCAUGUCAGCGGAAGGGCGCGCCAAAGCAUCGGCAGUGGCAGCUGCAGUGGAAAGAGCCCAAGGGCUGGACGCGGCAAAGGAGGUGGCUAAAGUGGCUGAAACGCUUGGAAGGGAUGAGGGUGCAGGCCAAGCGGUGCCUCAGCGGUUUGUCCCGGGACCUGAAGAUGCGGCAGGUGAAAACCCCAGCAGUGCAGUCCGCAGAUUCGGCGGUGCGGCCGGUGUUCAGCGGGCCCAAGGAGCAGGAGGCCUGGCGCUUCAGCCACCGUCGCAAACUUCCGCGCAUGUGCCGGGCACUGGGCAGAGCCAGGAAGCAGAGGCGGAAUUCACCGAGGCAGCCAGCACUCAGGCCCGCCAGCUGCACAAGGCUCCUGGAGCCAAGCCGUCCACCAUGGAGGCUGAGGACACGGACCUGCCAUCGGAUCCGGAGCUGCUUGCCUCGAUAAAGGGCACCUGGACGAGCUCGGGCAGCCAGCUACAAAGCGCAGCGAGUGCGGCGCAGAGCUCUGGAGCAGCCCCCUUGGCCUACCAGUUGAGCGUGCCUUUCCCGGGCAAAGCGGAUGUGGGCAAGGGCGCAGACCUGCCGUCCGAUCCGCAGCGAUCCUCGAUCGGGGGCACCUGGACGAGCUCGGGCAGCCAGCUGCAAAGCGCGCAGAGCUCGGGAGCAGCCCCCUCGGCCUACCAGUUGAGCGCGCCUUCUCGGGGCAAAGCGGAUGUGGGCAAGGGCGCAGACCUGCCGUCCGAUCCGCAGCGAUCCUCGAUUGGGGGCACCUGGACGAGCUCCGGCAGCCAGCUGCAAAGCGCGCAGAGCUCGGGAGCAGCCCCCUCGGCCUACCAGUUGAGCGCGCCUUCUCGGGGCAAAGCGGAUGUGGGCAAGGGCGCAGACCUGCCGUCCGAUCCGCAGCGAUCCUCGAUCGAGGGCACCUGGACGAGCUCUAGCAGCCAGCUGGAAGGUUCGGGAGCAGCCCCCUUGGCCUACCAGUUGAGCCUGCCUUCUGAGAGCAAAGCGGACGUGGGCAAGGCAGAUCUCGGCACGCUGCUCUCAGGGGCGGUUCCAAGCUCUGGGACGGUCAAGCGUACCGGCGCCUCCCCACAGGGCCGCGGCGUUUCUCGCGCAGCUUCCCUCCAGUUGCCGGUGCGACGCUUCAGCAGCCUCAAGAAGUCGAACACGCUGGACGAGCGGGACGUGCGCGUACGGGACCUGAACCUGAGGUUUUCUGAGCGAGUGGACGUGGUGGACAUCAGCCCUGCCGCGCUGAGCGAAGAAGGGCACCUGGUCUUUGUGGAGGGCAGCCCCAGCCCGCGGACCAGGAGAGCGGUUCGCCCACCUUGCACCUCACAGCCCCGGGCGCAUCCAAGGGGCGUAGCCCAAGUUCGCAGGCCUCGCGCAUGGGAGGUGCAGUUUUGGCAUCUCCUGGGAGCAGUGCUGCAGCUGCUGCCGUCGCAGCCUCUCGCAGCGCAGCCCUGGCCCAGGCUCCUGGCGCCGGGACUUCGGGCGCCGCAACUUCUAAGAUGUCAGCUGCAGGCAGCGCAAGUUCUAAGACUUCAGCUGCAGGAAGUAUGCCUGACACCGGGACUUCGGGUGCCGCAACUUCUAAGACUUCAGCUGCAGGCAGCAUGUCGGGCACAAGGCCGCUGCCAAGCUCCAGCCCAGCUGCGCUUGGUGUCGCACGAUCCGGCGCAAAGUCGGACGUGUCGAGAGGUGGGCUGGCCGCCCAGCCCGGCAGAUCCGAUGUUCAGAGCGGAGCUGACGCCAGGCCUGUUGGCACCCACGCCGCCGGCUCAAAGCCGACCACCAGCUAUCCUGGCAGCGCUUCGGCCACUUCGGCCACUUCGGCCGCUUCGGCCGCUUCGGCCGGCCACAGGCCGAGCACGCCCAGCACGAGCGCUGGCAUGCUCUCCGGGCCGUCCCGAUCCGGGCCGCCGCGAAUGCAGCGGGAGGUGCCGCUGUAUGCUCAGCCAGUGCCCUCCGAACAGGCGCCUGCUGCGAGAAACCCGCCGUCGCGGCCCAUGCCCACGCUGA